AUGGACACUAUUUUGACAGCUGGAGAUGGGGGGAACGAGAGGGCAUGGAGGGACGAGGGGGAUUGGAGGGACGAAAGGGAGUGGAGGGGUGAAAGAGAUUGUAAGGACGAACUGAAGAAAUGCGCGGAAGGCGUUGGCGGAGGCAAGGCGGCGGGAAGAGGAGCUGGAAGGAGUGGUGCGGGAGGGCGAGAGGGCGAUGGGGGAGCUGGACGAGUGGAUUGGGCGCAAGGGAACUCGCAAGCGCGCGCGCAUGGCGGAUGGUUCGUGCUCGCAUCCGAUGAUGAUGAUGAUGGAGGGAUUGAUAGGUCUCUUCCCCCUUCCUGGCCCCCUCUCGCCACUCAGCAUCUGCAUCACUGCAUCGCACCACCUCCCCCCGCUGCUUAUCCUGGCUCUCAUACCUUUUUUUUCUUGCACCGUGUGGCAAACCUCUCUGCUUAUGCGGACGCCAUUCGGCGGGCAAACCUGACCAAGCAGGAAAAUAUCCGCUCACCUUUCUCCCUCGUUCCCCCACACACCCAUUCCCACCUUAACACAUUCGUCGGAUCGCCCACGUGGCAGCAACUGACGGCUCUAUCCGCCCAUGCGGAGGCCAUCCAUUCCAUGGUGCAGGCUGUGAGGAAGCUGGCAUUCGGAUUCGAGGGUCGGAAGGCUCAGGCGGAUAGAUUGAGAGAGGAGAACGAGGAGAUGAUGCAGAAGCAGUGGGAAGAGGAGAACGAGGCGGGGGGGGAGGAGGCGCAGGAAGAGGUGGUGAGGGACGAGGCGCAGGAAGAGGUGGUGAGGGACGAGGCGCAGGAAGAGGUGGUGAGGGACGAGGCGGAGGAAGAGGUGGUGAGGGACGAGGCGGAGGAAGAGGUGGUGAGGGACGAGGCGGAGGAAGAGGUGGUGAGGGACGAGGCGGAGGAAGAGGUGGUGAGGGACGAGGCGGAGGAAGAGGUGGUGAGGGACGAGGCGGAGGAAGAGGUGGUGAGGGACGAGGCGGAGGAAGAGGGGGUGAGGGACGAGGCGGAGGAAACGACCAAGGGAGUAGAUGAGACGAUGGGCGAUGGGCUCGAGGUUUUCGGGAAUGAGACUUGCAGGCGCGGGUUUGAGGGAGGGGCUGGGUCCACGCAAGUGGAAGGAGCAAGCGGCGAGGCAGAGGAGAAUCACGAAAACGAAGCAGAGGGAGAGGAAGGGCGGGUGACAGGGUCAGCAGAUCACGUGGCAAUGCAAGAAGCAGAGCAAGGGGCAGACCAAGGAGCAAAGCAGGGGGGAGGGCAAGAAGCAGAGCAGGGGAGAGGGCAAGAAGCAGAGCAAGGGGGAGAUCAAGGAGCAGUGCAGGGGUUAGGGCAAGGAGCAGAGCAAGGGACAGGGCAAGGUGCAAAGCAGGGGGGAGGGCAAGAAGCAGAGCAAGGGGCAGAUCAAGGAGCAGAGCAAGGGACAGGGCAAGGUGCAAAGCAGGGGGGAGGGCAAGAAGCAGAGCAAGGGACAGGGCAGGAAGCAGAGCAGGGGGUAAGGCACGGAGCACAACAGGGUUUAUGGGAGGAGCGAGCAGCGGAUUCGAACAGGCAGUCAGUGAGGCAGCCGGUUGCCAGGGAGAGAGGCGUGAAAGAGGAAGGUCUUGACGAUCUUCCCAUGGUGCAGGUGAGCGGGACGAGGAGAGAUGGACGGCUGGAGGGGGAUUGA